CGGGAAUCCUGCAGACCGUGCAGCGGAGAGAGGGCGGAACCGGAAGUGUGUUGCGUUUCAAUUUCUGCGACCGUUGUUACUGCAGGAGGCAACUGAGAGAGUGUGUGAAUGAGCGGCAGCGGGGCUCAGACUUCCUGCUGUUAACUGCACCUCUGCCCACCUGUUUUCUCAGAUCUCUGCCCCUUCCCCAGAAGAGCCAAAAAUGAACAAGUCCCUGACACCUGUCUUCUGCUGAAUGUGGGAAGUGUGCAGGGACAUCCACCCAGCACACAGAGCUAACAACGGGUUUGAGUCCACACUCAGCAGCCUACACGCCUUCCCUGCACCAAUCCCAGACCUGCCAGUCUCUGUCUGCCAUCCAAUGCCAGUCACCAGGUAACCGGGGUUUAUACAGGAGUGUUCCAAGCAUCCAGGACACAGCAGAGUCUCUACCUGUGCUCAUCCAGAGCCCCAGCUAACAUAACAGGCCAGGCCUCUCCACCUGGUUAUGCAGCAAGGCUGAACAGCUGCCUAUUUCACCCAGUGCUCAGACACCAGUGGGGACCACUCAGCAUUGUGCACGUGGGCUUGUAGAAAUCCGCCCACGUUACUCUUGGGCAGGUCUGUUUCUCCUCUGAUCAGCAGGGCUGGUAGUAAGGUCCAAGAGCCCACAGGAGCCUCCACGCAUUGUCCCACAGACAAAAGAAUCUCAUCGGGUAACCAGCCUGGUUCCCAACCGGAAGGAAUCCACACCAGGAGCCUCAGAAACAAGGCCCCUCAGCUUCGUAGUCCAGCUACCCAGCUUGCACAGCUGUCACCAACAGGAAAUUACAAGGCCCCUGAACUGAGGCGCAUCCGGACAAGUUCAGUCUCCACAGAGGGACAAAGAGAAAUGUGACUUCUAAGAAUAAAGACUGCUGAGGGGAGUGGUGGACAGAUAGCAGCAGCUACAGAGGCUCUCUGAGAGACCCAGCUUAGAAUCCAGGAAUGGUACGGAGUGAGGAAUCCUAAGCAAGAGGAGAUAUACCCUGCUGACCCAAGAACGAACUGGGCUGAGAGAAACCAACUGGGAAUGCAAUCCGGGUGCUGUAACAGGAACAGAUAAAGCCACAGCGUGGAAGCUGGAGCCAUGAUUUGGGUUUCCUGCCACCGCCGCUGCGUCUGAAUCGGCUCGGCAGAGAAAGAGACGCGGGAAAGCUCUGAGAACGGGAAUUGGUGAACAGAGUUGAGAGUGGGACCGGCGGGAAGCCGUGCAUUGACCUAUGGUGAGUGAGGGAAACUGAGACUCUUCCAUGGUCUAGGAGGCUCCAACAGAGGACAUUCUGGGACCGGGCAGACUUGCCGGAACAGGGCGCUAUAGUGACUUCAGUCACAUAUCUCCCUCUCAAGCGGGAUUGGUGAGCAGUGCCUAGCCUACAUGACGCUGCUGGCUGAGACCCAGUAGGCUAGCAACAACCCAGGUCCCAGCGCCUGGAGGUGUACCCUAUUGGUGAAGCCUUCGGGAACAGUGUCCUUUGAGGAUGUGGCUGUGGACUUCAGCAGGGAGGAGUGGCAGCAUCUGGACCUCGUCCAGAAGAGCCUGUACAGGGAUGUGAUGCUGGAGAACUAUUUCAACCUGGUCUCAGUGGGAUGUCAGGUUCCCAACCCAGAAGUCUUCUUCAGCUGGGAGCCAGGAGAAGACCCGUGUUCACUGGGGCGUGAGAACUCAAGUCACAGCUACACAGGUGAGGAUAUUGGUCUUGAGGCUUCACAACCAGAGCCUUCUGAAGAAUUUUUUCUCCAGCCUGACAGAAUUCAUCUCUUUAUAAGAGAUUUAGAAUUGUGGAAAGAUGAUAAAUGGAGGAGGAGAUAUGAGGAGAACCACAUCGAACUUUUAAGUCAUGUUGCCUUUACCAACAAGGCAGCACUAGCUAAUGAGAUAGACUGUGAGGACACAGGAAAAAUAGUUCCUGCACGCACACACCUUGUUUCCUUAAGGAGAGGUUUCCAUCACAGCAGCUCACUUGGAAAGAGUUUGAAGCCUGUUGCAAGCUUAUAUAAUCAUAAUAGAAAUGAUGCCCCAGAAGAUCUUAAGAUUGUUGCAUGUGGCGAUACAUGUACUCCUAUUAAUUCUCAGCCAGAGAGGAAUAUGUGUGGAGCUAAUCAGCACAGGGAAUUUCUGAGCCCUAAGCGAGGUCUUACUCAACAUGAGAAGAUUCAUCCUGGGGAGAACUUCCAUUUUUUUUAUGACUUUGUAAAAGAUUUUACUAAGGAGUCACCCCUAUUUGCAGGUCAGAAUAUUUAUGCUGAAGAACAAGAGUGCAACAAAUAUGAGACAGUCUUUGCUCAGAAACGCCAGCAUACUGUGCCUCAGAGGGUCUUCACUACAGAGAAACUCUUUAUACCCACUGAAUUUAGAGAGGAUUAUGCUCACAAGUUACAUAAUUGGAAAACUCCUAAUGAAGAGAAUUACUAUGAACACAGUGAGUAUGGUAGAGGCAGUAUCCAGAAGUCUGAUCUGUUUAGUUGCCAGCGAAAUCUUACUGGAGAAAAACUCUUUGAAUAUGGUCAGUGUGGAAAAAACUUCCCUCAGAGAUCAAAACUCACUAUACAUAAGAAAGUUCCUACCAGAGGGAAACACUUUGAAUGCACUGAAUGUGGAAAAGCCUUUACAAGGAAAUCGACACUAUGUAUGCAUCAGAAAAUUCAUACAGGAGAAAAACCCUAUGUCUGUAUUGAGUGUGGGAAGGCUUUUAUCCGAAAGUCUCAUUUCAUCACACAUGAAAGAAUUCAUACUGGAGAAAAACCCUACGAAUGCAGUGAGUGUGGGAAAUCAUUUAUAAAAAAGUCGCAACUCCUUGUGCAUCAGCGGAUUCACACAGGAGAGAACCCCUUCAUCUGUUCAGAGUGUGGGAAGGUCUUUACUCACAAGACUAAUCUCAUUAUCCAUCAGAAAAUUCACACUGGAGAGAGACCCUAUAUAUGUACUGAGUGUGGGAAGGCCUUUACUGAUAGGUCAAAUCUCAUUAAACACCAAAAAAUUCACACUGGGGAAAAACCCUACAAAUGUGGUGACUGUGGGAAAUCAUUCACCUGGAAGUCACGGCUCAGAAUCCAUCAGAAGUGUCACACUGGCGAGAGGCAUUAUGAGUGCGGUGACUGUGGGAAGGCAUUCAUUCAGAAGUCAACACUCCGUAUGCACCAGAGAAUCCACAAAGGGGAAAAGCCCUACGUUUGCACUGAAUGCGGGAAAGCCUUCUUCCACAGGUCUCACUUUAUUACCCAUGAGAGGAUUCAUACUGGAGAGAAACCCUAUGAAUGCAAUGGCUGUGGGAAAUCUUUCACCAAGAAAUCACAACUCCAUGUUCAUCAGCAGAUUCAUACAGGAGAGAAACCCUACAGAUGUGCUGAAUGUGGAAAGGCAUUCACAGACAGAUCAAACCUCUUCACACACCAGAAGAUUCACACUGGGGAGAAACCCUAUAAGUGUAGUGACUGUGGAAAAGCGUUCACUCGGAAGUCAGGCCUCCAUAUACACCAGCAGUCCCAUACUGGAGAAAGACGUUAUGAAUGCAGUGACUGUGGGAAAGCCUUUGCCAGGAAAUCAACGCUCAUCAUGCAUCAUCGAAUUCACACAGGAGAGAAACCUUAUAUUUGUACCGAAUGUGGGAAAUCCUUCAUCCAGAAGUCACACUUGAAUAGACAUAGGAGAAUUCAUACUGGAGAGAAACCCUAUGAGUGCCGGGACUGUGGGAAGGCCUUCAUUAAGAAGUCACAGCUUCAUGAGCACCAUCGAAUUCACACAGGAGAGAAACCAUAUAUAUGUGCUCAGUGUGGAAAGGCCUUCACCAUUAGAUCAAAUCUUCUUAAACACCAGAAAAUCCAUACCAAACAGAAGCCCUACAAGUGCAGUGAUGUGAGGAAAGCCCUAACCUGGAAGCCACAACUUACAGGUCCGAAGUCCAAUAUUGGGGAAUCAGUAGCCAGUGAGUGCCCAAUGCCACAAGCCUGAUGGCGAUCCAAAGAAAUCAGAUGCUACAGCUUGAACGAGAAGUAGGAGGUAACCAUGGCCCACCUUCUACCUUAAGUGUAGCAAAAUUAACAUCUACAUCAUGGAGCUGAUACUCAUUAUACAUCUGGGGAGAUACUUUGAGACAGUAAUAAGCAAUAUGUCAUGGUCAUACUUGGUUUCCUGACAGAUGGAUAGGCCUUUGCAAAUAAUAGUAAAGAUGCAAAAUGUGGAUGGCACAGUGCAUAUCUGCAAUCCCAGCUACUCGUGAGUCUGAGGCCGGAGAAUCCCUUGAGCCUGGGGAUUUGAGACCAACCUGGGCAACAUAUAAAAUGUAAAGAGGUGACUUAUAAUCUCUCUCUUUUUUUUUGAGUGAACACCUAUAUAAAGUCAGAGUUUUUUAUGCUUUUGAUGGCAAAGACUAUUUGAUAUUGACCCCCAAAAAAACUUCAUAACAAGUAGAGCAGUGAGAAAAUUUUCAUUGUCUAAGUCCCGGAAAGACAAUGAGAUCAAGGAAGAAGUUAGUUAAUUCAUAGCUGUAGUGAGAAGAAAAAAGGGAAACUUUAUGAAAAUUGACACUAGGGACUGUACUUUUCCUUAGAGAAAUCAUUAUUGUUUUUAGCAGUUACUGGUGUAUGCUGUGGCACUGGCUUCCGGCCUGUAUCCCUGAAUGGAUCGAUGGUGUGAGCAGCAGCCUUGUAACUGCGUCACCUCAGAACUGGCCCUUGGGUCACGGAGCUGAGCCACAGGGUCCUAGACUCGGUAACACUUUCAGUCCUCAGCUGUUUUUCAUAGAAAAUUGUACUUUCUUAAUGGUUUCUGUUUGAAGAAGAGAUAAAUUAAGCCAGUCAGGUCCCAAAACCUACAAUUCUUUCCCUGAAGUUUUGUUAAUGCGUACUCUGCAUUCAUUACUGGCUAGAUUACCACUGGUCCCAAUUGCCUUGCAUUUUAACACUUUUUCUUACAAGGUAAAAUACAGUCCAACAUUUGGAAAAGCACUCUUCCUAUCCUCUCUGGUCUCUGCAAAUCAUAUUUAAUGAGAUGCUGAAAUAAAUGUCAUAGUCUUGCAGAAUAA